AUGCACAGGCAGUUAAAUAUCCCUGCGGCUGAGUCGGAGGCAAAGGGAACUGACUAUCACAAGAAACAGAAUGCCCUCAGAGCACUUCAAAAGAAAGCUCUGGACAAGAAUCCUGAUGAGUUCUACUUUAAAAUGAUACGUGCAGAGCUCCAGGAUGGAGUUCAUAUAAUAAAGCAGCCAAAGGAUGAAGUGACCCCCGAACAGGUGAAAUUGAUGAGGACACAGGAUAUUAAAUAUGUGGAAAUGAAAAGAGUGGCAGAAGCCAAGAAAAUCGAGAGGCUGAAGUCGGAGCUCCAUCUGCUGGAUGCUGAGGGGAAGAAUCCCAACAAGCACGUGUUCUUUUUUGAUACCAAAAAAGAAGUUCAGGAGUUUGAUAUUGCAACUCAUCUGGAUACUGUUCCAGAGCUCGUAGAUCGAGUGUACAACCGACCAACCAUUGCAACACUGCAGAAAGAGACACUGAAAGGAGCUACUAAUCCUGCCCACUUAAAGAAAUUAGCCCAGCAAAGGAAGAAUCAGUAUGACCUCCUGAAGCAGCGCAUUGAAAGAGAAAAGGCCAUGUUUGUUAUUGCACAGAAAAUCCAGACACGUAAAGAUCUUCUGGACAAAACUCAUAAAGUAAAGGUGAAGAAAGAGACAACAAAUGGUCCAGCUAUUUACAAAUUCAAAUUUCAGCGGAAACGUUAGCCAUUCCAUUAAAUAAUUGCCACCAUCUUUGCUUAUAAAGAGGAUUCUCCUUAUGAAGAAGGACUGAUACACCGUAUCAGUUUGUUUUUCACUGCAGCCUAGCACUUUGUUAAAACAAAUUACUGUGGGCCUGCAGUAGCCAUAAAUAUAUUGUAUCUAAUUACUUGAUUAAUAAAUCAGAGAGUUUGUUCUCUUGGUAUUUACA